AUGGCUGUGGAUGGUGAGGUGCUUAUAGGAGAGGAGAAUUCCAUCACUGUGGUGGAAUAUGCCGCUGACUUGCACUCCCUCUUCUCUUUCACCUUCCUGAAUGCAUCUCCACUGUCUGCACGUGCUGGUUUGACCUCUGUGCCCUGCACCUCUAGUUCAAAUUCAAGCCAGUCAGCGAAGUCCAAUAAGUUAGGCACAGGCUUCCGUGGGUGGGAACCUCGAAGCAGAAGCAUUACUCCACCUCCCAAAAUGUCUCCUCUAAGGGUUGUGCUGCUGGGUAAAACUGGUUCUGGAAAGAGUGCCUCGGCAAACACCAUCCUGGGGAGGAAAGAUGCUUUUAAAGAGGAGUUAUCAUUUGAAUCUGUGACUGAAACCUGCAGUAAUCAACAUACUGAAGUGGCUGGUAGAAAAAUUACAGUGAUUGACACACCAGGAUUGUUUGAUACAAAAAAGCCUUUUGAAAAGCUGAAGGGUGACCUGGAGAAGUGUGUUGAGAUGUCUGUCCCUGGGCCUCAUGCCUUCCUGCUGGUAAUCCGAUUAGAUGUGAGGUUCACAGAGGAGGAGAAGAAUGCUGUGAAGUGGAUCCAGGAGAACUUUGGUGAGGGGGCGCUGAAGUACACUAUAGUGCUAUUCACUCAUGGGGAUGUGCUGAAGGGGAAACCAGUGGAGGAUUUUCUGUGCAAAAGUCCUGAACUUUCAUCUAUUAUUGAAGAUUGUGGGAGUAGAUAUCUUGUCUUCAACAAUCAGAGUAAAGACAGCACUCAGCAGGUCAGAGAGCUAAAGGAGAAAAUUGAGGCCAUGGUGAAGAAGAACGGGGGAGAAAACUACACCAGUGAGAUGUACAAGGAGGCACAGAAAAGAAUAACAGAAGAGGAGAUGAGACUGAAGCGGGAGGAAGAGAGAAAAAGAGAAGAAGAAGUAGACAGGGAGAUGCUGCUGCUGCUACAGCUCACCCCCUCCAAAGCAGUCCCAGCCAAAGGUCUGCGCUCUGUAUAA